AUGUCUGACGACAGACCCGACUACAAACCUCAAAUACCAGGCUCACUCACUGCUCCCAGUGCUCAAAACGCUUAUGCCCAACUAUCUGCGCCUCCACCGAAUUUGCCGCCUAGACGUGGCAAUGCAUCUCGAUUCGAGGGCCCGAUUGGAUCUGCCGGACCAAGCUCUGUAGCUGGACCAUCUAGACUCACAAAGGUCAACCAUGGUCAUCGCCCGCCCCCACCGCUGCACGUUCAGACUGAGCAGUCGAAUGGCACCGGUUCAUCUGCCGAGCCCGAAUCCACGACGCCGACCCCUCCUGUCAUACGAAAACGUCGACCCCCAGCGGAAGAGAAUGUCAUGCUACGAUCGACUGAUCGUACACCCAUAUGGUCUACGCAUUUCAUUGACCCCUCGCUCCGCAAUCAGACCAUCAAGAUUCCGCAACAGGUCACCAACAUCACCAAUGUAGCGUUAUCUGGUCUCUCUGCCGGCCCAAAGACGAGAUACAAUCAGACGAUUGGUGCGCCGAUCGACGGACUAGCCAAGCUGGCGAAAGACUGGGUCAUCAAGCCCGAUGGUCGAUUCGUCAGUCAGGAUGGCGGCAUCGAAGUGGGAGUGGGAAUUGUCGAUGCUGGAAAUCGAGAAUGGGGCAACGACAAGGGCCGCCAGAGAGCAAGAAUCGAGGUGGAGAGCAGACAUGGAGGUAUCAAGCUGGACGUGAUCGAAAUUGAGCCAAAUCGUCAGAUUGACCUAAAGAUAGAGACCAAGACAGGAGAUGUCUUGGUAUUACUGCCGGAGAAUUAUUGGGGAGCCCUACAUGUUUCAACGCCAGAAACCAGACCUCAAUUCCUGCACAAUUUUGAGCCCUCCUUAGCACCCAUUGCAAAACCCUACGGCAAUUUCUACACGACCUUUGUGACGCCGACAGAGAUGAGAAAAGACCCCAAAAAGGCCACGUCCGCCGAGCUUCGCGCAAUGUCGGGGAUCGAGCAAUACGUCCCCGAGAGCGCAAGAGAAGAAAGCGACAUAUUAGAUCAAGUCAUGGCAGGCUAUGCCCAUCACACGAGAGGAGAACACAGCAAAAUUCUGAUCAACAGUGGGAGCGGCAAAGUGGUCGUGGGAUACAGGGAUACAGGGGAUGACAAUGAAGCGAAGGUUAUGCGUUUGGCCGUGGGAGCACAGGAAGGAACGAGGAAGAAGAAAUGGUGGCAGCGAUAG